AUGGAGGGGAGUGAGGAGGUGCGCAGGGAGUAUGCGAGGCUUUCGGUUGGGUGGAGGUGUCGCGAGUGUGGGGUUGGGAAUUUGGAGGGGAUGAAGAGGGUUUGGGAGGGUUGUCGGGAGAAGGGGGUGAAGGUUGAGAUUGAGGGGUUUGAGGAUGGGGAGGUGGAGGUGGGGACGGAUGGGGAGGGGGUGGAGAGGGGUGAGGAGGGAAUGGGUGAUGGGGAUGGAGAUGGGAUGGCUAUGGUGGAUGUUGUGGAGGAAGAUGGGGGUGAUGGAUCUGUGUCGGUGCCGGCGCAGGUUUCUGCGCCUGUGCAGGCACAAGCGCCGUCUGCGUCGACGGGGCGAGCGUCUGCUGCUGAUAUGUCUGCGCGGACGGGUUCGGCUCAGUUGGCGACGGAGUCUUUGAGUGAAGGUGUUUGGCUGGAUCGGGCUAUCGUUGGCGUUGUCGUUGCUCUGGUGGUGUUGAUAUUGCGUCGAGUGGCCAACGUCAAUGAGGUUUUACUUUGA